AUGCCAAUCAAUGCAUUUCAACGUAUAUUUGAUUUUGGUUCAAAAAAAGAUGAUACAAAAAAUGUAACAUCAUCAGAUGCUAUUAAACGUUUAUCUGAUGUUGAAGAAAUGCUCAAUAAAAAACAACAACAUUUAGAAUCACAAAUUGAAGAAGAAAAAACAAAUGCAAUACGUUAUUCAAAACAAGGAAAUAAACGUGGAGCAAUAAUGGCUUUAAAACGAAAGAAAAAAUUUGAAAAAACAUUACUACAAUUAGAUGGAACAUUAACAACAUUAGAAACUCAACGAGAAUAUUUACAAAAUGCAUCAACUAAUAUGGAUGUUUUACAUGUUAUGAGACAAGCAGCAAGUGCUUUAAAAAAAACAAAUCAAAAUUUAGAUGUUGAUCAAGUACAUGAUUUAAUGGAUGAUUUAGCUGAACAACAUACUGUUGCAGAUAAUAAUCGAAAAAUUCGUGAAGAAAUUAUAUCUGAUGUUCUUAAUUUAUAUAAUUCAAAUCCAACUGAUGAAUCAUUUCGUCAUUAUGCAUUAAAUGCACAAUUUGAAGAUCCAUUACAAUAUUCUGGAAAUCUUUCAUCAGUUAAAUCAGCUUUUAAAUCUUUACCAAAAAUUUUUAAAGAUUCUCAAGUAACGAAAAGUGAUGCUGAUAUAAAUACAAAUCCAAUGAAAUUAUAUCUUGAAACACAUUAUGAAUGGAAAGGUAUUAAGAAAGAAACAAUUAUACGUUCAAUUGUAUUACUUACAUUAAAUGAACAAGAACAAAUUAUUCGUCAUGAAGAACGAUGGAAUGGUGAACCAAUACCAAAUGCUGAAUCAGGAUUUUUUGGAAGAAUUAAAGAGGCAUUGCGUCAUGCUACAGGAAGUGUUGUACAUGCAAUGGUUGAUAGUGAAAAACCAGUGGAAAGAAAAUAA